AUGCGUUUAGAGGUGCGUCAAACACUUAAGCCAAAUGUGACAAAACGCGCACUCGCAACUCUGACCGUACUCACGACGGCCGCACUGCGGGCCGAAGCUGCGUUCAAAGCGGACGCAGCCGCCGACAUGCACCUUCUUUGCGCAGCAAUGGCAAUCGAAAAAGUAGAACCAGCAGCGCCGACACUAGCUGACAACUUCGACAAUGAUAUUAGCGAAUUGCGCAGAAUGAAUAUGUCGACAGCCGACGACAGCUGGCGAAGCAAUUUCAAAGGCGACCCCAAAACGGACACAUGGGAAAGCCGCAGCAAGGCUGGUGCAACAGAGCCAUUUGUAUCUCAUUGGAAAGCCGACUUCGGCAAGUGGCAGCAAGACUACCAAACGGCGGAGGUCGCAAACAAGCCGAAAACCUGGCUAGCAGACAACCCACAACCGCAGGGAACAUACGCCAAAAAAGUAGCGCACAAACUAAUAAACGAUACCCUAACUGAACUGAUAACCAAGAUCGCGGACUACGCACAAACCAAACACAAGAUAGCCCAAGCAGGUGCAACGAAGGUGAAAGAGCUAAUCUCAGAAGCACUAUACGGCGCCGGCCAGACAAGCUUCGAACCGAAAAGCGACGCUACGUACAAGUACUCCAGCAACUACGGCACCGCCUGCGGCGGCAACGGAGGCAUGAGCAUCGCAGGCGACUUACUCUGCAUAUGCUGCCAAGCCACAACCGGCACUACCAAUGCGUGCGACAAUAGCGGUAUACAAUGCGACUGGUCAUCAAACAACAUGAACAAUCACAUCGCCACAGUAAGAAAGAAGUGCCCCACAAGCAAGCCAUCUAAGCUAACCUUAGCAGGACUCAUACAGCUAGCAGCUCAACUAAAAGCCGGCAUCAGGAAGGGAGCCAAAGGCACCGCAGUCGCCUUCUACCUCGGCGGAAGCCACGACACCUGCGACGGCACCACCGACCAAACUUGCGUUGACUACACCGCACAUUACGGCGCUGGCGGCACCAAAAGCGGAGUCAACAGCAUACCAUGGAUAGUCAAGCUCAACGACGCCAUCGAAACCAUGGAAGAGAUGGAGAAAAAUGCCCAGAAGGCCAGAGAAGAAGCAAAGGAAAUCCGGAUGCUAAUAGCCGCUGCGAAAAGAGCGUACAGGACCGCAAUCGAGCCUUCAAUGAAACAAAGCAACGAACCAGCCAAAAGCAGUGAAGGCCAGACGAAGAUGCAGCAGCCCAGCGAAACAGAAGAUAGCUGCAACAAAAAGGGGCAAAAUGAAUGCAACUCUCCAUGCAAAUGGAAUCCCGAAGCAGAGGGGAAAAAAUGCAAAUUGGACAAGGAGGAAGUAAAAAAGAUAGCAGAUGAGGUUGCAAAGGAUGCAAAAACAAACACCACAGGAAGCAAUUCGUUUGUCAUUAGCAAGGGCCCUCUUUUGCUUGCAUUUUUGCUUUUUUAA